AUGACCGACAUCACCAACAAUCAUGCGGACACUAGGAUCCGCAAACUAGGCUGCCAUGAAGGUUAUCAGCUGGCCAUGCAUACACUCGACCAGUACCGAGGCACUGUCGUGGCCUGCAGUUACUGUCCUCCGUCCAGUCUCCCCCAGCCAGAAUCUUUCCAGACUUUGAAGACCAUAUUUCUCGACGCAAUUGCUCGUGUUGUUCUUGCCCAACCUCACCUACAAGUCGGCAUCACGGGCGAGAACUCCAAGAACCCUGCCUUUGUUCGCCUUAAUCACUUGCAUCUCCACAAUCAUAUUAAAUGGAGAUUGCUGAGCGAUCCGAGUGACCGCAAGGCAGUUUACCUCGAGUCAAUGCAGGAUCAGCUCGAUUCCAGAUUUGACCACCUCUCCACCCAGCCUGGCUGGAGGCUAACGAUACUACAUGAGGCGAAAGGAGGUUCAAUAGAGGUUUUAUACGCCUGGAACCAUCCGCACCAUGAUGGUAUGAGCGGUAAAAUAUUUCAUCAACAGUUGAUGCGAAGUCUGAACGACCCCCUUGUACAGAACAAAGCACCCAUGCUUGAUAACCCGGAAGGCUCGGAUGGUUGGAUUCUCAAUCUCCCGGAUCCGUCUGAUAGGCUGCCGCCAAACCCUGAGCUCUUGUCGCGAUGGCCGAUGACACCGACGUUCUUGCUGAGAACGCUGUGGAAUGAGUUAAAACCCCCUUCAAUUUUCCCACCAGGCAAGAUGCACGCGACCUGGGCCCCAAUCAAGGCAUCCCCAUUCACGACCCGAUUUCACACCUUCACAGUCAAUAAUGACAUUGUCACAAGAGUGGUAACUGCUUGCCGCCAACACCAUACCACCUUAACGGGCCUUAUGCAGGCCCUUAUUUUGGUCUCCCUAUCAUCGGCUCUUAAGGAUAUGAAAGGCUUUGCAAGCAGAACACCAUAUGACCUGCGACAGAUUUUACCGUCGGGAACUGCUCAAUAUUCGUGGCUAAAACCAAAAGAGUCCAUGUGCAACUAUGUGUCAGUGGUGGACCACGAAUUUGAUGCCAACCUGGUUACAAGGAUUCGAUCCAAGAUGUCGUCCCAAGACGUCACUGCAGGAUUGGAAGAUGAUGUCAUGGAUAUAAUAUGGCCCGUUGCAGCCCGAGUUCGACAAGAGAUCCAGGCGAGAUUAAACUCGGGUGUAUGGAACGACAUGAUCGGGAUCAUGAAGUUUGUCUCAGACUGGCGAACUCAGCAGCAGAGGGAGGCUCAGAAGACUCGGUACUUCUCUUGGCUCGUUACGAACCUUGGCGUUCUCGACGGGGAAGUUGGCAACUCAUCGGUGCAAGAGGAUGGGUGGUCAUUACGCCGAGCGGAGUUAGUGUUAAGCACAGAGGUCCCUUCUGCUGCCAUAUCCGUAUCAAUCAUGACGGUGAAGGAUAAGCAAAUGUGUGUCACGUGUAGCUGGCAGGACUGUGUAGUUGACUUGGAUCUCGGUAAGCGCCUAGCGGGCGACCUGGAACGAUGGCUGCUUGAAAUCGGAUCCUCACUGUGA